AUGUUCUUGGUAUGUAAUGGGUUCUGGUUACAGCUGCUGCACUUAUUUGCAAUGUCGUCGAAAAAGAUUUGCAAGUUCUCUGGUUUCAGUGCUUUAACAACGAUUACUUCAAGGACAGUGAAAUCCAAAAUUAGUGGAACAAAAGAAAAAAAGAAAUUGGCUGCUGGUGAGCGAGAAGAAAUUGCUGAAAAACAUCUCAGCAGCAACGACUUGGCACGUGAUGAAAAGCCCGUUGAACCGGCUCGUGAUUCGAAGCCGUUAGAAUCAAAACGGUUAUCCUUAUUUCGUUGUUGA